AUGGACUGCAUACAGGUCGUGAGCUCGCUCUCGUACGCUGACCUGAACAGAAAAAUUACGGAGACUGGUUUCCGGAGUGGUCGGCUAGACUUUGCAGGAGUGGGUGGCUUGCAGAAUGAGCUGAUAGGACUGAUCCAGGAUCUGGAGGCCUUGACAGGGAAGCGAAGUCUGGAAACGUACGGAGGUGAGGUGGUACAAAAUCGACCGGACAUUUGGGCAGAUUGCCGGAUCUUCCCCCGGAAGGCUGCAUCCUUAUCAGUCGAUGGUCAAGUGUUCAUAUCGACCAGUCCGGAGGUCGGAGGAUAG